GCUAGGGGGGGUUAGCCGCUAGCGCCAGGUAACGUCGGGCUAAACAGCGCCAGGUUCACCGGGGAUACUGGUCACGCGAGAGAAACCUUUGCGUCGGAAUAUGUUUUUUUUUGUCUUUGUUUGAAACAACCCCCAUUAAGCAUCGCUAACGCUCGGCGGUCGUCUCGGGUUUUUUUCUUCGCCACCGAACCGUAGCGCUAACGUUAGCCACCAGAACCUGCCCCGUGCUGGGACUAUGACGCCUGUUUUUUUCCGUCGCCCCUAGACGAUGGUUGUGAUGCUGCACGACACGGGGCGACGCAAGAGCGACGAAGCGGUCGUCUUUCUGUCUCCGAAGAAGAAUGGACGUUGUGGCGGCGGGGGGCGCCGUUCCGAAGUAGGCAUGCAACCCUACGUAGGCCUAGAUGUCAUUGCCGGGCGACAACUUUAGCAAGCUAGCUAGUUCGCGCAAGUUGACGCAAAUGACAUGGUCUAGUCUUAGGCUCCCUCACUUUCGCCGGCGCAAUGGAGGUACCCUGAGGGUCAUCCCGGUGUCUUUUAAAAACGCUGGCGAUGCUCUGACGAUCAGACAGCCGAUUUUUCUCCUCCGCUUACCGCCAGCAGUGGCAGAAUUGUCCUUUUGACGACAGGUAAUAUUGGAAUAAUUUGUGUGGGGGUGGGGGGGGCGGCUCUGGCUGGUGCAAUAGCUUGUUACACGAGUUGGCUCACAUAGUGUUCCGAACAGUAGUUUGAGUUCACAGUCGUAUCGGUCGUUUCUUGUAAUGUUUCCGGUGCGACUCCGUAGUUGACGAUAGAGCAACACCGAGAAAACACGCAAAGCUGUCAGGAUAGAAACCCUCUCUGAAAGCCCUCUUAUGUACUGUGAUAUUGAGAGGUAGUCCUCGUCAGAGCGGUAUCAGGGCAGAAGCACGCCGUACUACGCUUGUGGUCAGAAAUUGCCAUCAGCGGGCCAGACUUGCUUAUCCCUGUGAAUUGCCUUGCGGUUGCUUUUUAAAUGAAUAUUCAGUCUGCCUGACACUACAGUUGAACAUUCAGUUGUGCUGGAAAUGAAAAUAUGAAUAUCGAGGAGCAAUCUCUAGAUUUGUGCAAUGUCAAGACAAAGAGCAGUGUGGAUGAUGAUCCAAACACAAACACCGAGGGGGUCAUACCCUGCAUCACAGAACUGAUGAUGGAUGGUGAUGUUGGCAAGCCCCCUGAUACAUAUUUGCUGCCCCGGGUCACUGAAGCUGAGGAGGACAAUCACCAGGCACAAGAGGUCAAUGGUAAUAACAGCAGUGUUCAAGACGUACAUACGAGGGUGAAACCCGCUGAACUGAACAAAGGGGACAUCCAGGUGGAGUGUAUCAAGGAAGAUAAGGACACUAGCACGGCAAAGGUUGUCAUGGGGGAAGGGGACGACGGCGGGGAUAUGGACAUAGGUGUGGAUCUGAGUCUGAAUGAGUGUGGGGUGCUGGAGGCUGAACCAACAACCAACCUCGGCCCUUCUCUGUCUGGAAAGAGAUCAGCCUCUCUUUGUACCAAGUCAGAGCUUGCAGUCCAGGAUGUCAACACUGAUGGAGAGAAAGGGCCGUCAGACACAAACCACCAGAGUACCAUAGCAGAUCCUGUCCAAGACCAAGUCCUGCUGUCCGCCAACUUGGAGGAGAAACAUAAACCAGGUGGCAAAAGAGUGACUUUCCCCUCAGAUGAGGAUAUAGUCUCUGGAGCUGUGGAGCCCAAGGACCCCUGGAGACAUGCCCAGAAUGUGACGGUGGAGGAGAUCCUUUCUGCCUAUAGACAGGCCUGUCAGAAACUCAACUGCAAGCCCAUCCCCAAAGUGCUCAAACAAAUACAGGAACUGAAAGACCUGACACAACGAAAUGAAUGCUUAGAUCUCAAAGGUGAAAAGCUGGACUACAAGGCCUGCGAGUCUCUGGAGGAGGUGCUAAAGAGAGUCCAGUUUAAGGUGGUGGACCUGGAGCAGACCAACCUGGACGAGGACGGCGCGUCGGCUCUAUUUGACAUGAUAGAAUACUACGAGUCGGCCACACACCUUAACAUCUCCUUCAACAAGCACAUUGGCACCAGAGGAUGGCAGGCCGCCGCCCACAUGAUGAGAAAGACAAGUUCUCUGCAGUACCUUGAUGCCCGGAACACCCCCCUGCUGGACCACUCAGCCCCCUUUGUGGCACGGGCCCUCAGGAUCAGUGGUAGCCUGGCAGUCCUCCACCUGGAGAAUGCUGGCCUGUCUGGUAGACCUCUCAUGUUACUGGCCACUGCCCUCAAGAUGAAUAUGAACUUGCGGGAGUUGUACUUGGCAGACAACAAGCUGAAUGGCCUGCAGGACUCAGCCCAGCUGGGAAACUUGCUCAAAUUCAACUACAACAUCCAGAUCUUGGACCUGCGCAACAAUCAUAUCCUAGAUUCUGGUCUAGCCUAUGUAUGUGAGGGGCUGAAAGAACAGAGGAAAGGCCUGGUCACCUUGGUGCUGUGGAAUAACCAGCUCACACACAACGGCAUGGGCUACCUGGCUGCUGCACUGCCAUGCACCCAAAGUCUGGAGACUCUGAACCUGGGCCAUAAUUCAGUGGGAAAUGAAGGGGUCCACAAGCUAAAGGAUGGACUGAUUGCCAACCGCUCUGUACUCAGGUUGGGGCUGGCCUCUACAAAGCUUUCCUGCGAAGGUGCUGUUGCUGUAGCUGAGUUUAUUGCUGAGAGCCCCAGGCUGCUUCGUCUCGACCUAAGGGAGAAUGAGAUCAAGACAGGUGGACUGAUGGCUCUGUCCCUGGCCCUGAAAGUCAACACCUCUCUGCUGCGUCUCGACCUGGACCGGGAACCCAAGAAAGAGACCGUGAAGAGCUUUAUCGAGACCCAGCGUGCCCUGUUGGCGGAAAUCCAGAAUGGCUGCAAGAGGAACUUCAUCCUUGCAAAAGAGAAGGAGGAGACAGAACAGAAGAUGAGGCAGUCUGCCUCCAUGGCAGAAAUUGCGACCGAAGACACAACAGGAGCAGAGGAGGGGGAAGCAGUGGCAGAGGAGCAAAGUGAGGGAGGAGGGAAAGACAGUGAGGAGGUAAAGGGCACCGAAUGCAAGGAAGGACAGACCAGCAGCCAAACGGAAGCAUGCCCUAAAACAGAGACUACACCAGUGAUCCUAGAGUCAGAAUCAGACACUGAGGAUGAGGAGGAAGAGGCAUUACAAUCUAAAGUCCCUGCCAUAUCCAUCUCUUCUCCAAAUCAGACUACUUCCCCUGCCCAAACAGCAGUUGUGUUGCCCCCUCUCAGUGCCUCACAGAUGACUCCUCCCCCGUUUGCUUCACACAGUGGGGGGCAGAGCGUUAUUUCAGGGAUUACUGUCACAGAGUCCAAGAUUCCACCCGGUACCCCUCCCUCCCCUGGGCGCUGUAUAUCUGUCUCCAGCCCAGGGAGAGGCCAUAAGAUCUUCAUGGUGACUCGGGUGGAGAGCCCACCUGACCAGCAGCAGGUACUACUACAGCAGCAGAAAUCCAAUGGACAACCCAGUGCAUCUGCAGCACCCAUGAGGGAAGCUGUUGCAGAGACCAUAAACAGGUCUACAGAUCCUGUUGCACCUGAAACGAAGUAUGCCCAUUCAUCAGUUACAUCACAGCCUAGCCAAGAGGUGAAUCAGAGCCUUGCAGACCAGUCACCGGCAUCCACACAAACACAACUCAUGACAAAGGAGGAGGGGAUCGAGAGUUCAUCUGCUCUGUCAACAGACUGUAAACCAACAGAGCAGAGUCCCCCAGUGCCCUCACAAACAGCCUUUCUUUCCACACAGAGUGCAGUAGAUAGUUACCAGACCCAUAUACUGGAACCACAGUCAUCUAAACCAUGUGAACCCACAGAGGGCAUAACAGCUAGCCAUCUAGAAUCAGAAGUGACAGAACAGACUCACCCAGCAUUGGUUGUACCUUCUUAUUCAUCACCAGAGCAGGCUGCAGUUCACACUGAUCCUCUGCAAACACAGUUCCAGAUUACUCAGGAAGUAACUGAAAGUACUUCAGACACCCAACUACAUCCUGCAACUGUAGAGCAGCAGUUUUCACAAGGAAAGCAGGAAGGGAUGAGGGAGGAGAGUUGGGGUCUUGAAAAGGAAGAGACACCGGUGAUUUCUCCAGAUAGUACAGAAGGAGAGUGUAAACAAUCAGAACAUGAUCUGGGUGAAACACAGACUAGUAUCCCAGCAGACAAAACAAAGCAAAUGCCCCUGGCUGUCAAAAAGCAGCAGCAAUCAAUGGCCCCUGUUGAAGCACAGCUACUAGCCUCUUCAUCACCGGAGCCACAGACCCAAAAAAGGGAGCAGACAGAGACACUUGCACAACAAAGGCUGCAGGAGGCACCAGUGAGUUUGUCAGAGAAUCAAAGUCCCGGAGAGGGUGCUGCAGAAAAAGAGGACUGUCAGAGGACAAGAGAACCAACACCAAAGCUUGCCAGAGAGCAGCAGCAGCAAACUGAACCAGAUCAACAGGAAAUGGCGCAGCCAGUCCUUCCUGUCCAGGAACCUGCCCUAUGGUCGCAAGAAGAAACACAGAGGCCAAAUCUUCAGCUAGGGCAAACCUCUCAAAAUUUCACCAUGACCACAUUAUCACAUGCUUUGACUGGGUGUGCAGCGGCCUUGGAAGUGGGUCCCAUCUCCUUGCUCAAGGCAGAGGAGUCAUUUGAUGAGCGCUCUGCAGACAAGGGGGAGCAUGUUGCUGAUAUGGGGGAAGUGGAGGGGGAGGUGGUGGGGUCAGUGCUGCCCAAUGGCCUGAAGCCCGAGUUUUCCCUCCACCUUCUGGAUCCUGAAAGCCCCAAGCCCAGCAGCUGUGUGAUGGAGCACGUGAGUGUGACGGCAGAGCUCAGCUGUGGACAGGAUCUGGAGGAGCUACUGCGAGAUGCCAGUUUAGAGACUGGGAGAGACACACCAUGAGAUAUAGAGGGAUUGCGAGGAAGGAGGUUGCGAGUAUGUCUGGCUCCUUUACACGACUGGUUGCCUCACGAUGUUUCUGUUGUUCCUAUCAUUUCUUCAACAACCAACCUGUUCUUUAGAGAACCGAAGACCCGGGGCUGCCAUCCAAGCAUUACACGUGAAAACACAAGAAAAAGCUACAAAAAAAAUAAAAGACACCAAAAUGUUAGAAAUGGAAAAAAAAAAUUCUUUGUCACUACAUAUAAGGAACUUCGCUACGGUCACACUUCAUCGACUACUGAAACAAAUUUAAAAACUGACUUAGAAAACGAAAAAAAAAACAAUGGAAGGAAGAAAUAACACUUAUAUCACUACAUUCUGUCAGUCAAGACUACACACAAACAGGUGCCGGAGAGUCCAAAAGGAACGAA